CUCUAUUGAUUGUGAAAAGGAAGGAGAUCGUCUUUUGGUGGAGACGCCAUCUUAAAAUAAAGUGAUAUAAGUUUUUGGUAGAGUAGAAUAGAAUAAAAAUCUAAAGUAAUCUUUAUUGUAUUAAUAGUAUUCGAGUUUAGACAAUUUAUAUUUCGUAAUACCAAGUAUAACGGACCAAGCUGGUGGUCGGAGAGAGGGUGACCUCCUGAUGGUGUGUACGUCGCAGCAUGUCUGCACUCUCGACGCCGGGCGGCGGAGGCACUACGGCGCAGACGAAGCCGACGUCCGGCAAGCAAAAAUAUCAGAAGUUGGAUAUCAAUAGCUUGUACUGCACCAACCGGAACGAAAACUCCGAACCAUCCCUAGUAAAAUCUCAACUAAGCCGCAAACAUGGAAUGCAAAGUCUUGGAAAAGUACCUUCGGCAAGGCGUCCACCUGCCAAUUUGCCAUCUUUGAAAACAGAAACUGGUCAAGAUCCUAACGCUAAUUCUAUUUCUGCUGUUACUACUAGUGUAUCUACACCAGCAACAUGCACCUCUCAGACUGUUCCUACAACAUCCAUCAGCAGUGUGGCUGCAUCUACAUGUCCGAGCGGCUGGGUGUCCCUGCCUCCCCCCUCCUCGCCCCACUUCCGCACAGAAUUCCCCUCGCUGGAGGCAGCUGCACAACCCUCACACCGGUCUUCAGACCAUGCUACAUCUCAACCACAACUCAGGCCACAAACGGAAGGCAGCUGGACGUGCGGUGGCGGGACGAGCGUGCGCUCGGAGGUGGCGUCGCCCGCGCCCGCCACGCAGCAGACGCCCGCCUUCCGCGCCAUCCUGCCCUCAUUCCUGGUGAAAGGUAGCGGAGGCGGCGGGCUCGGGCUGGGCGCGCUGGGCUCGCUGCCGCGCGGCGCGACGCCGGUACCCGGAGCGCGCGCGCCGCGUGUUGCCGCAUCCGCGUCCGCGUCAGCCGCGCCCCGCGCGCAGGACAUCCUGAGUGCGCGCCCCAUCCUGCGGCCCGACCAGAUCUCCUCGCUCGACGACAUCAGCCGCGACGCCGGCUGGGCGCAGCACGACGACAUCGAUUAUGAUCAAAAAUUGGACUUUUCUGAUGGAGAAUCUUCAGCGCCAAGUAAAGCUAGUAAGAAUAAUAACAGGGCCAGUAUUGAAAGUGAACGCGUUGACACAAAAAUUCAGGAGCUCACCGACGAGGAGCAAAUAUGGGCUGAACGGCGGCAAAAACAAAACAAUGAGAUGGCACAGGUCAUUGCGCGAGCGCGCCAGCGGAAGGAGGAGGAACAGCGACGACAAAUGCGGGACACCGCGCCUCUGCAACCCAAAGACUCCCGCGACAGAAUAGACCGGGACCGGAAUGAUAAUCGCGAUAGAGAACCUGACAACAGAGAAAAGGAGAGACUCGACAACAGGGAACGCACCGACAACAGAGAAAGAGAUCGCUUUGAUAAUAGGGAAAAAGAACGGAACGAUCAUCGAGACGGCAGAGAAAAGGACAGGAAUGUCGAUAACAGAGAUAGAAUUGAAAGCAGAGACAGGUUCGAUAAUAGAGAACGAGACAGAGAUGUCAGAGACAGAGAACGCGAGCGAGACAGAGGGCGAAAUGAUAAUAGGGAUCGCCAAGAUAGUGAUAAAGAUAGAAUGGACAUGCGUGAUAGAGACCGAAACGAGAGAGAUCGCGGCGAUCGGAUGGAUCGGGAAAGGUUCGACAGAGGCUCUGACAGGGCCGACCGCGACAGGAUGGAUCGCGACAGAGAUCGAGACCGGAAUGACAGAGACCGCGACUUCAGAGACAGAGACCGCGACUAUGGCCGAGAUCGAGAUCAACCUAAUUCCGCCUUCUCCAAAACGUUCCAAAACAACAUGCCACCGCGGUUCUUAAAGCAGCAACAGAAUCGCCAGCAAGACGACCAACAUAAGGGUUGGGCAUUUUCAGGGAAAACAGCACCCAGACGUCAAGAGCCGCCUCAAUACAAUGCGCCAAGACAUAAUGGACGCCGCUCAUAUUCAAGAGAUUUUUCUGACCGUGAGGAUGAUUUUAGAAGAGAUAAAGAUGGACCUGGGCCGCAAUGGCGGUCUGAAAUGCAGGACUACGAUAGAACAGGCAGGGAAUUAGACAGAUCUAAUUCAAAAGAUUCCUACAAGGAAUAUAGUGACUAUAAAGAUAGAAGAAGUGAAUCUGACAGGAAGUCGAUAGAUAAUUCCAGUGGUAUUGAACACAGCAGUAGAACAGCCGCUGACAAAUUGACUGAAGUAUUCGAAAGAAAAAGCAUAGGAAUCACUGAUUCUUUUACGGCAUCUGAUUCAGCAACUCCAGUGCAAACAGCAGAACGGCGAACACCGCCUUCGGCUGCUGUCCAACGGGAAUCAUCUGAAAGAGAUUUUGGAAAAACUUCGUGGGCUGAAAUCACUCAAGAUGAGACAUCUACUUAUUCAAAAACACCUACAGAAAAACUUGCACCGGCUAAAGAAACCGAGCAGCUAUCAAAAGAUAUAGUGGAAGAUAAAUCUAAUUUCAAUCAGCAGUCCUUGUCUACAUCUACUCAGCAAACUAUUUCAAAUCAUCCUCCUAGUGGGAAAAACUUUGUUCAGAAUCAACAAGUACCUCAAAUACAUCCAUAUCCUAAUAUUCAAUCACAACCUUCUGUUCCUAUUCAUCAAUCUCAAACUAUUUCCGAUACUAAUCAAACUAUUUCUAAACCUCUUUCUAAACCUUCAAAUCUCGAUUCUAACAAUCCUCAAGCACAGUUACAAACGUCAUCAGACCUAACAGCGCAAAAUUUGAGUAAACCAGUGUUUUCGUCCCAGAAGUCGGAGAAGGACUUAUCAGAAUCUGAGUCUAUAGCUUCCAAAUCUAGUACCGAUCCAUCAGGACUAGUACCCGUCAAGAUGAAUGAGGCGCAUUCAGCAGAGUCUCUUCAGACCGGCGGAGACGCCCAAAAAAGGUCCGUCGAUGACAAACGCGGGGAGAGAUUUAAUAACGAACAGCUUAAUAAAAUUUCUCUAAAAGAACCAGUGGAACGAAAGUCCAGCGGAUCCGGAUCUGAAAAGAAAGGCAGAGGGUAUGGUGGCGGUGGGGGCGGGGCAGGCGGCGCGGGUGGGGCCGGAGGGUUCGCCGUGUACAGCCGGGGCUGGGGCCGGGACGCGCGCGGGCGCCGCUCGCAGCGCAGCUCGCGCUCCAACAACCGCGCCAGCGAGUCCGACGGCUCCACCGACGGCGCGCCCAACGCCGAGCGCAAGGAGCGCCGCAGGGCGCCGCGCAGUCCGCGAGGGCCCAAGGGCUCGGCUGUCGACCACGUGCCGCAACCUGCUGAUAAUGUGGAGAACAGAGAGCCUUUCGCCCCGCGCGGCCAGCCUUCCCGCAGAGGCAGAGGAGGAUUCCAGGGCGCGUCGCGUCCGCCGGCGCCCGCUAAAAGGGUCACAGGCUACGGCCCACCCAACACGAAGAGUCCUUUUAGUCAAGCGAAUCGAGCCGUUAAGGAUGACGACGUCAAAGAUGCGCAAGGAGAAGAUAAAAAUAAAUCUCAUUCCAAACCACGGACGGGUUCCUCCACUGGGCGAGGUCGGGAACGACGACCGAAAGGUGCCGGCGGCCCGUUCAGCGGCGAAGACGAGAACUGGGAGACCACAUCUGAACAUUCCGAAGGAGGUACGAAUGCUCGACGCGGGCGAGCUGGAGCGCAACAGAAGGGACCGCGAGGCCAGAAUAAUCGGCAAAAUAGUGGUCGCCAUCCGCAAGGAACGAAAAAAGACAUGCCUGCAGAUAAUAAGACUACUGAAGUAAUAGAGGCUAUGAUUGAUCUUAAGAUAUCAGGCAAAAAAGACGAUGAAGUUGUGGACGAUGGGUUCCAGGAGGUUCGAAAUAAGAAAAACUCCAAAGACACCCGAGGCUCCGCCACAAAAGAUGAAACCGUGAAACAACCCAGAUCUCAUUCAAACCAAGGAGGUGGCAGAAACGGAUCAUCUACUAGAAAUUCGAAUGAUAAAUCUAAUUCGCGAGGAUCGGCACAAGUGGUAAAUAAACCGACUUCCCAAUAUGAACGACCGCGUCAGGCUAAUUUGGCGCCGCGUUUCGUUAAACAGAGGCAAAAGCAACAAAUGGGGUUAGUGACCGGCUUCGGACCUGAUACUGGCGCUGCGCCGCCGCCACCACCGGUCAAUGCCUGGGAUAAACCUAUAUCGCAAACCUUACGCGGUAAUGUUGAAGAGCCUGUUGAAAAUGUGGAGAAUAAAUCUAACCAGUCCAGUCAGCGUAGUACGCCCGGUGAAACGCAAAAUGUAGUUGAAAUAAAACCCGUCCAGCCGACGUGCAUUGUGCCCACGGAUAAAACUGGAGUAUUAGAUGGAGCUACUCCCCCUGUAGAGACUAUCAUAUUCGAAAAUACGAAUUAUAAGACUGCACCGCCCGCUGAAGCAUUAAAACAAAAAUAUCAGCCUAGUGCUAACACUGCCAAGCCUCAGGGUGAAGAGAUUCCAACGGAAUUAGAUACGCGUCAAGUAGCAUUCAAUGGUGAGGUUAGAUCAAGGCCAAGAUCUAUACAAGAACUAAUGGCCGAUACCAAUAGACCGGGAUCAGACGCCGAAGGAACACUGGGUCUACCUAUUACAUUUGACACAUCUCAAAAAGCUGAAGAUUCUUCAGAUAUGAAGCUCGAUUUUACAUUCGAUACAGAGUCUCUUGGGCAGCUCACUGAGGAUAAAACUGCCAAAUCCCUUGGUUUACCACGAGGUGUACAUAUGAGUACGUCAAGCACUAUUUCUCCGCUGGCUGCAGAUCUCAAUUUAAAAAUCGCUAGUGUGAAAAAAGUGUGGGAAAUGCCUGCAGUGGUUGAGGGCAGUGAAGAGUUACAAUUCCCUGGUUUUGAGGAAACCAACACAGAGACGGGCGCACCUCCGAACGUAUGUAAAGUGAAGCCAACGCAACAGUUACAAUCGCCGCCGCCACAACACUACAAUCACGUAGGCUACCAGGGCGGCUAUGGUGGCUUGUCAGUGCCGUCGCCUCCAGCGGUACUGUUUAACUCGUCGCAACAGCUGCUGGGCUCCUCACAGCAACUGCCGCAGCAGGGCGGCUUGUACGGGGCAUUCUUAGACCAAAGUCGAGGACAGUUUGGGACUUUCCCUGGAACGCCAUACGGCGCUGGCUCGGCUGGCCCUUACAACUACCACCAACAGCCACCGCCAGAUGGUAUGGCCACAAUGUUCCAGAGCCUUCCUAAUCAGUAUCGGAUGGCGGCAGCUGGUGGUGGGGCAGCUUUUGGACAAUCAGGACAACUUGGCAAUAAUCCCAGUACAGUCCUAAUCUCCAGUACUUCUAAUUCUCUCAUGUCUGCAACUGUGAAGCCUUCCAGUCAGCAAAUUGGUGCUAUAGGUAGUAAAGGCGGCGGCGUGGGCGGUGUAGGGGGCGUUGGCAGCGUGAGCACGUACCAGCAGCAGUACUUGGGCUACUCGGGGCCGGUGGGCGAGGCGCCGUACUCGUUGCCGGGGCUGCUGCCGCGACCGGCGCCUCCCGCGUCCUCGUACUACUCCCCGUACCAGCCGCCCACCGCUCCCGCGCCCACCUACCCGCUGCAGUUCACGCAGCCCGCGCAAUCUGGCGCCUUCGGUUCACAGUUUAUUUCAUCCCAGUUACAAGUCGCCGCCGCAGUUCAACAGAUGCAGCAACAAUACCGCGCGCCGAUGCAGCAGCAGUACGCGGCGCCCCCGCAGCCGCGGCCGCCGCCGCAGCAGAUGAAGUCGCCGCUGCACGAACACGCCAACGGGUUCGCGCCGCUGUGCGAGUCCGCGUCGCCGACGCCCAAAGGCAGCAAGCCGCAGAAGCCGCCGCACUCGCCGCCGCAGCACAAAUACCACGCGCCGCCGCCGCUCGUGCCGCCGGCCAUCACGCCACUGCAGCACCAUCCACCACAUCAGCAACAGCAAAUGAUGGGCGGGAACAACGGGCGGUGCGGCGGCACGGGCGGCGGGCCGCGGGGCCUCGCCCCCCGCUACCCCGCGCCCAUCCAGCGCCCGCCCGUGCCCGUGUACCGCGCGCCCGCUGCCCACGCCCGCCAUCACGCGCCCCGCCCCAACCACAACCUCUACUACCACCACCACCAGCGCAACGGAGCCGGCAGCGGCGAGCGGGCAGUCGACGCUGGAGAGAGCGCGGGCGCAGGAGACGAAGCCGGCGAGACGGUCGCGUCACCCGACGCGCCGCCGCCCGCCGAGGUCAAGGCCGAGUGAGCCGCGUCCCCCCACCCGCUGUCCACUGCCCACGAGGUCGCCUGCGCGGCCCGCGACGCCCGGCGCGUCGCAUUCACGCCCAACUCUCAAACGCGUAAUGCGACUCGGCGAUGCCCAUUUACACAUAAGGUGUCGCUAACUUUACUAAUAUUGUUAUUUGCUGACGGAACGGACGGUCCGAUUGCCGGCGCUAGGAAUGACAGUGUCGAUUUCGACGAUCAGACGUCGCAUCGCGUGUUUGAGUUUGAGCCUUUAGGUUUUCGGUAUUUGAAUUAAGUCGUAAAUUAUGGAAGUGAUUUUAAGAUUAUAUAAGAUGUGUACGAAUCGAUGCGCGCCGCGGCUUCGUCGAUCGAAGCUCGCCCCUCGGGCCGGCUGCGGCCGACGUCGCGGCGGUAGCGGCGCUCUGUUUGUAUGUAAAUAUAUUGAUCGGACGGAUAUCCGGCUAUUUGACUGUUACAUUUAAGUAUAUAUAAACGCGAACGGUCGGUGGCCGAGCCGCGACCGAUGCACCGAGGGCUCGCGUCCGAUUGAGCGUUGCCUCGACCUCUCACUAGUGAAUAUGUAGCGACGGUUUUACAGAACGCAUGUCGAUGCAAUAUAAAUGAAUAAUAAAUGUAAUUUGGAGCGAAAUGGUUGAAUGUCACUCGGCAACGCUGAGAAGCACUCAUUUAAACUCCAUGUAUCAUAACCAAUUAUUAUAUGCGAAUAAAAUUAUUAUGACCGAA